AUGUCUGAACGUUCGAUAAAAGAGAAUAUCAUUGAGGCUAUUUGCUACUAUAGUACCAUCGUCAUCACCAUAUUCAACGUCGACACAGACGAUCCAUCGUUAUUGUUAUAUCCGCAUCUCCUCAACAUUUCAGCGUUACCAUUCAAAUAUAUGACACCUUUUCGCAGACUUGUUGCACAGAUAUAUGGUCGAUCGAAUAUUCCUCAAAAGCGUGUAGCCAUGCAGCUCCGUUACUUGCUGAGGCAUCGAAUCACUAGUGGUCUCAUGUUUGAAGAAAGGUCUCAAGAAAUUCUUCAAAGAGGUGAUUUCACGUAA